AUGGCGAUGAACUUUGUGACGUUCAACCAGGACUACAGCUAUCUGGCUGUUGCGACGUCAAAGGGGUUUCGCAUAUUCACAACGGAUCCGUUUGCCAAAAGUUAUGAGACGAAAGAAGGGCAUAUUGCUAUAAUCGAGAUGCUCUUCUCGACGUCGCUAGUCGCAUUGAUCUUAUCACCACGUCGCCUUCAAAUCACCAAUACUAAGCGUCAAUCCACGAUAUGCGAGUUAACAUUCCCCACGACUGUGCUGGCGGUCAAACUGAACCGGAAAAGGCUGGUGAUUGUUCUGGAGGAUCAGAUUUAUCUCUAUGAUAUUCAGACGAUGAAGCUGCUUUACACCAUCCAGACAUCUCCAAAUCCCAAUGCAAUCUGUGCCCUGUCCCCCUCCUCCGAUAACUGUUAUCUUGCCUAUCCUCUGCCGCAAAAGGCGCCGCCCUCGUCGUUCACUCCUCCGUCUCAUGCGCCUCCUGGAAAUACCCAUGUAUCUCCGACAAGUGGGGAGGUCUUGAUUUUUGAUAGUCUGAAAUUGGAGGCAAUAAACGUGAUUGAAGCGCACCGAUCUCCGCUGGCGUGCAUUACCCUCAACAGCGAUGGCACUCUCCUGGCCACUGCGUCCGAUAAAGGAACUAUCAUCCGAGUCUUCUCCGUUCCGGAUGGGCAUAAGCUAUAUCAAUUCCGUCGCGGUUCGAUGCCGUCCAGGAUUUUCAGCAUGUCUUUCAAUACGACCUCGACCUUGCUUUGCGUCUCUUCGUCCACCGAGACAAUACACUUGUUCAAGUUGAGCCAGCAAACAUCAUCCUCCCGCGACACCUCUCCUUCGUCUUCUACGCCAGCAGGUCGUGACAGGGCUUUCAGCCAAAGUUCUUUAGGACAUUCCCCUGACCGAAGCGAUGUGAGCGGGGAACCGGACUCUUCUGAAUUUCCCGCCCGGAAGCACAAUGGAACACUGAUGGGUAUAAUCCGACGAACAUCGCAGAACGUUGGCAGCACUGUCGCUGCCAAAGUUGGAGGUUAUCUUCCGAAAGGUGUCAGCGAAAUGUGGGAACCGGCUCGGGACUUCGCGUGGAUUAAACUUCCCAAGCCAAGCCAGAACGCUGGCGGCAGUGGAAAUAAUGGUCCUCUCCGCAGCGUCGUCGCGAUGAGCAACAACACGCCGCAGGUAAUGGUGAUUACCAGCGAUGGAAAUUUCUAUGUCUUUAGCAUCGACCUUUCGAAAGGUGGCGAAGGGACGCUGACAAAACAAUAUUCGUGA